GUGGGCCUGGAAUAGAACAAUGCAGUCUUCCAAAUAUCUUUCAACCAGUUGCAGCAUGUGGCGUAUCGUGUUCCUAUUCGCAGUCCUGCACUCAGCGAACUCUAAUCCAAUUACCUCCUGCGAGAAACUUGAAACGAGUCUGGUUCGAGAGGCCACGACAUUCGGCAAGCGGGCUUUGAGCGAGUCCGUGAAGCUGCUUCAGCGUAUAAUCGAUGCUGCCGAGCGUUUGGAACCCAACGAAAUGGAUCGGAUUAUACUCGAUGAAAUUACCACAUUCAUUGAGCGCGCAAGCCACAAAGUUGACUUUGAGGAGCUGAAUGACUUGUUGAUUUGGCUAAUGGACUUUUUAGAUCUAUAUUAUCAUGAUGAGCAGGAUGAUAGCCCAGAGUUGGAGGAAGCCGAAGGUCUUGUGGACAAGCUAAUGCGUCAAUUUGGCUUCGACACAUUCGAGAAAAAUCUGGAGAAGCAACUGUACAUGUUUAUAGAGCGAACCGAGGAUCACAUCGAAGCCUAUCUGAGAAGGCAGAACAUCAAGGAAACGGAGCUGCCAAAAUGGUUUACGGAUUUCAAAGACGAAAGCGAUAUUGAAAUCAAGUAUUUGAUGCUAGAAGACAUUAUAGCAGACUUAGAUUGUUAACGUUCUCCUUAUAUUAUGUGGAAUUCAGAUAUUUUAGUUUAGGUUUCAAUUAUUUAAAU